AUGGCAUCCUAUCAAACCUCUACAGCAGGUCCCUCUAGACCUACAUAUCCGGGUUUUCCUGUCCCUUCGAUAUCACCUUCGCCAUCACCUAUAGUAGAGCAAGAACAAUGGCAGCAUCCCAACGGACGACAGUACCCUAUGCAGAUGCCCCAGCCUAGAGGUGUAUCUGUUCCUGCCAGUGUAAACGUAUCGAGAUCAGCAUCUGCAGCUUCAGGACAUGGACCGACGCUCGACGGUGCAGAGGGGUCAAAGCGGAAUCCACUCGUUGAUCUCAUAGAUAGUGAGAGGAUCUACGUGGAACAGUUGAGUCUGGUCAUACGAAAAGUAGCAGCAGCAUGGUCGAGAAAGGAUUUCCCUCCGCCCAAAUUGGAUGCCAUGUUCAGAUGUGUCGAGGCUGUGUAUAGAGCGAAUCGAGCGUUUGGAACGAAAUUGAAAGAAAUUGGACCUAACCCAUCUAGUCCGAAAGCUUUAGGGGACCUACUGAUGAGAUGGAUUGACGACCUGGAACCAGCCUAUCACAAAUACAGUACCAAUUUUCUCACAGGGUUCGACUCCUAUCAACCAGUCACACGUAAUCAGCUCCUCGGGGGAAUCUUGCAGGAGAUCUCUGUCAGUUGCCAGCCCACACCGCCUUUGACCCAUUGGUCAUUGGACGCAUUAUUCAUCUUACCGUACACCAGAUUAAGGUAUUACAAAAAGCUUUAUUCUAGGUUAUUGAGAAGUACAAAAGAAGGUAGAAGCGAUCACAAAUUACUGGUAGUCGCCAAUCAAAGGCUAGAGGAUCUGGUCAAUAUCGUAGAAUCGAGAUUGGAAGCGGAUGUCAGUGAGAAUGAUAAUGACGAGUCUCAGGAAAACAGGUUGAGUGGGAACGUUGUCGCUGGUGGUGUUGCUGCUGGCACCGCACCGAGUUCAAGAGAACCUAGUUGGUCAGAAAAAGAAAGGAUUAGUAGGACAAGUUCCGCAAUGGACAGUUCAAUGGAAUCACAUACGAAUAGAAUCGAAGAUAGAAAUUCUGGUGGUUCAGCUGUCACCAACAUGACUAGUAUGACUCAAUCACCACAACGGAGACCGCAAAUCCAGGUUUCGACAAAUGCUGCUUCGUCCGCGUCUGCACCUACUUCUGCUACUGCGCCUUUGUCAGAUCUGGAGUUGAGGAUCGAUUCGGAGAGGACCAUCGACCUGUUCUCGAUGACAACGAAAAAAUGCAAACUGCAAAUGAACCCACCAUCACUUCCCUUCGACAGAUCACUUAGAUCAUCCCACGAUGUGACCGUGUAUUUCACCCCAAAUUCAACUGGACAACAGGUCAUUCAUCGAAGAGCGCAUAUAUUCAUACUAUCCGAUUUGUUCUUGGUAGCAGAGUGGAUGGAAGCGUCGGAAAAGGCUUCCAAGGCCCAACAAGUCGCGAGGGAACAGCCUGAUAGAGUCGGACAUGGUGGACCAAUGCCCGAGAUGUGGUUGAGUUAUCCUCCAUUGGCUGGCAAACAUCUGAUGGUCGAGGAGGGUCAACAAGCCAACGUCUUGACCGUCAUGAUCAUGAAGAAGGAAACGUUCGUCAUUCACGCUGAAUCGGAUAUUGCUAGAGAUCAGAUCAUGAAGGAUCUGCUCGAUUGUAUAGACUUCGCUUCGGGAGCUACUCGACCGUCCACUGCCGCCCCGUCACCUAUGAAUCCUGAUCCUCGAUCUCCUUCUAUCGCAUCGACUGAAAAUCGAUCCAACGAGUCCUCUUUCCCACCACUCCGCUAUCCUAGUCCAUUCUCCAACUCCUCUUCACCCGCUACUAGUCCUCGUCCAGGCGAUCAACCGGAAGGUCCGCCAAUGCCUUUGGGAGGUAACGCUUUGUUAUCACAAAUGAGUCAGAUAUCUUUACAGCCCGGAGAAGCUAUCGCCUGGCCUCGGGGUCCAACUCCUCCACAGUCUAUGCCACCCCCUCAAGGGAUACCGCCUUACAACAACGCUUCUUCGAGCGGUGCACCGACGAUGGCAGUCCUUCCACCUAGAGGAGCGAGUCUUAGACCUAGAGUUCAAUCAAAUAACAUGCAGUCUCCUCCCCAGCAGCACGCUCCUCAGAUACCGCCUAUGCCAGGGAUGGGAUUCGACCAUACCGGUAUGGCUGGUGCGCCUUUACCUCGAUCUCCAUCGGGUCGAUCGGUCCAAUCUGCACCUAGGCUAUAUAUGAACGGUGAUUUACCGCCUGUACCUUCCAUUCGACCUAGUGGAUCUCACAUGUCGGAUCAGGGACACUCUGGUUCUGGUCUCCCCGGUGGACCAGUGAUCCCUCCAUUUGCUCAAAAUCCAAAUCACCUGAUUGCAAGAUCCAGAUCGUUGGAGCCAUUACGUGCACCUGAACCCCCUUCUGCUAGAUUUUCAUCAUUCGAAAAUCACAAUGUACCCAAUAACACGGGUAUGGGUGGUGUGGGUCGAUCAUCUCCUUUGACGGGUGAUCAAGCUACUGGUGAGAAUGAUAAUGGUGAUUUCGAAGGUGAUGAGGAUGAACCGGUGGAUGGAGAAGAACAAGAAAUCACUUCGUUGACUGGACCAACGGUAAUAUCGGCUCAAAUGAAAUGUAAGAUCUUCUUAAAACAGGAACAUCAAAAAUGGAAAUCUUUAGGUUCGGGUAAAUUGAAAUUAUAUGUUCAAAAGCAAGGUCCACCUUUGAAACAACUUGUGGUAGAGAAUGAUUCUUCAAAAUCACAAAUUAUAAUCAGUACGAUUAUCCUCACUGAUGGAGUUGAAAGGGUCGCUAAAACUGGAGUGGCCAUUGAGAUUUCAGAUAAAGGGAAAAGAACAGGUAUUAUAUAUAUGAUACAAUUGAGGAAUGAGAAAUCGGCAAUGGGGUUGUUUGAAAGUUUGUUACAGGGCAGUGAUAGAGCUAUCUUAAGGUAG